UGAAAUGCUGCCAUCUCCAGCUGUCUUUUUUUCCCCCUUGUUGACAGAUGGUUAAAAGACGACUGAAGCUCUAAAUGCUGAGCCGGAGCCGAGGAACAUAGAUGAUGGUGUGAAUAUGGCACCAUGGCAGAAGAUUUGCUCAGAGACUCCUCUCUGUCCUUAAAGACGGCUGUCCUUCAUGCAGCCGAACUUCCACUGUCAGUCCUUUCCUCUCUUCCACAGGUGAGUCUGAGCUCUGGCACUAAGAAGCUGGUGGCUGUUGCUGCCUUCGGCGCCGUCUCCGUCCUCUUCCUCGCCCGUCGCUUCAGGCGGCGGAAAGGAAAGAAGAAAGUGGUGCAGGAGCAGAAGAGGUCUGAUUUCCUCUCAACGCUUCCACCGUUGAAAGAUGCUGCUUGCACUCGUCCAAACCUCAGUUUGUCUCUGAACUCGAAGGGCACCUUUUUCCGUCACGCCGCAUCUAACGGUGGCUUACACAGCAAACUCUCCAGCUCCCUGCAGAGUCUGACCUCGGUGAAGAGCAUGAACUCUUGCAGCGAGGGCACCAGCGGAUCAGCCUGCUGGGACAGAACGGACGAUGGCGAUCUACGCAACAUCGUCACGACUCCAGAAAACCUCUACCUCAUGGGUAUGGAGUUGUUUGAGGAGGCGCUGCGACGCUGGGAAGAAGCGCUAAAUUUCCGUAGCCGGCUGGCUGACGACGAGGCCGAGUGCUUUUCUGUAAAACUGGGAGCCGGAGACGCCAUCGCAGAGGAGACCGUCGAGGACAUCAUCAGCGGCGAGUUCAUCCGUAAGCUAGAGUCUCUGCUGCAGAGAGCAUAUCGGCUCCAAGAGGAGUUUGAAGGAGCGCUGGGAUUCACGGAGCCGUCUUCACACCACAGCGAGAAGCACAACGAAGGCUCAGCGAGGGACGAUUUGGACGACUCGUGUUGGAGAGACACCGUGAGCAUCGGCUCCACCGACUCCUUUGUGUCCGCAGCAGAGCUGUCUGAGCAUAAGACUGUCAUGGGUCUCAGCUCUCUGUGUCGUUAUCCCUUCUACGAGGACGCUCUGCAGAUGGCCGAGGACGGGAAAAUAUCCUGCAGAGUUCUCCGAACCGAGAUGCUUGAAUGCCUCGGAGACACCGAUUUCCUCGCCAAGCUUCACUGCAUCCGCCAGGCUUGUCAGGUCAUUCUACAAGAGUUAUCGACUCGUACGUUUCUGGCUGACACGGGGAAAAAAAUCUUGUCCUCUAUAAUCGUGAAAGCCAAGAAGAAUCCCAAGAGAUUUGAGGAAGUUUAUGAGAAGAUGAUCGGCUUCCUGGAGCAGAGGGAGCACUGGGAGAACACCGAAGCUGAGCUCUCUGCGAGAGGGGUGAGGCAUUUAAACUUCUACGACAUCGUCCUCGACUUUAUCCUAAUGGAUUCGUUUGAGGAUCUGGAGAAUCCGCCCAUGUCCAUCACGAAUGUCGUCAACAACCGCUGGCUAAACGAUGCCUUCAAAGAAACUGCGGUGGCUUCGAGCUGCUGGUCUGUUCUAAAGCAGAAGCGACAACACGUGAAGGAUCAGGAUGGCUUUAUCGCUCACUUCUACGCUGUCUGUGAACACGUUAGUCCCGAGUUAGCGUGGGGUUUCCUGGGGCCUAAAAGCUCCCUGCAUGACUUUUGCUGUUUCUUCAAGGAGCAGGUGAUACUCUUCCUGAAGGACAUCUUUGAUCUGGAGAAGGUGCGUUACUCCAGCGUGGAAACUCUGGCUGAAGACGUACUGCACCUGCUGCACCACCGAGCCGAGUUGCUUCUGAGCUUCUCGGGCUCCGAUUGUACCCCACACACUAACGGCUGCGUCUGCACCGUGUCCGAUUUGUAAUUUCUUCCGUCCUCAAAGAGGAAGAAGAACAUUUCACAAUCAGUGCAUUGUUUAUUGACAUUUCUAUAUUGAUAAACGUCAAAGUAUAGCAUGUAAACCGAGUGAAAUUAUUAUAACGUGCUGCUCUAUUUAGUCUGAUCGCACUGGAAUGUACAUGAAUUAUUUAUUUCAUAUCUGUUUUUAUUCUUGAAACCAGUGCCAUAGAACGGUCCUAAAACGCGAUUGAACGUGUGUGACGAAUGUCAUUUGAAAAGACCUUUCCUCUGGCUAGAAUUGUACAAAAUCACCCCUUCUCGCUUUAGAUGGUUGAACCAUUUGGGCUUUUAGGAGUGUUUCCCACAUCAAGACGGUAUACUGUAAAGCAAUGGAGAACGAAUUAUUUUAAAUAUCACAGAUUUGGUUUUGAUGAUGAUGACGAUGACGAUGAUAUGCCUAAUUGUUGGCACCUGUAUCGUGUUCUGAAGUUCGAAAUAAAUGUUAGACAUGUUG